AUGCCUUCUCUCAAGACCGUAGUUUUCGGUCUGGGAGCCUCCCUGGUGGCUUUGGCCGCCGCGGAGGACCCCAACCUAGCUCCGAGAAUCCCUACCCCCGUUCCCUUCCUUCCGGUCCGCUCAUGCACCGGCACUCUCGAGGCCUGCCCCGGCAUUCCUCGAUCUGAGGUUGAGGAGGGCGACCUGGCCAAGCGCGAUGCUCCCGUCGAGCCCCGUGAAUACCUCGCUCCACGUGGUGGAUGCGAGGCCGCCGGCGAGGUCUGCUACGGAUACGACAAGCGCGAGCUGGAGGUUCUCCGAGACGCUAUCAAGGAAGAACUGAGCAAGAGAAUGACCUCCGAGUCCAUGUUCGUGGACGAGCGCAGUGAAGAGGACAAGGAGAACACUGGUUUUACUAAGCGAGAUAUCGCCGGCUGGAUGUCCAACGUUAAGCGGGAUAUUGAGGAACGCACCGAGGAAGCUGUGGAACUUGCCGAGCGCGGUGAAGAAGAUGAUCUGGAUGAACGUGACUUCGAUGACGAGCUCUUUGAGCGCGACUUCGAUGAUGAGGAUCUUCUCUUUGAGCGUGAAUUCGACGAUGAGCUUUUUGAACGUUACUUCGACGAGGAUGACCUCUUUGAGCGCGACUUUGACGAUGAGGAGCUUCUCUUUGAGCGUGACUUCGACGACGAACUGUACGAGCGUGACUACGACGAGGAUGUCUACGUCCGCGACUUUGACGAUGAGCUGUUUGAGCGUGAUUUCCUCGACCAGGUCAAGGAAGAACUCGCCCUCCGAUCCCUCGAUGAGGAUGACCUCCUCUUCGAGCGUGACUUUGACGACGAGGAGGCCUACAUUGCCAAGCGCGAGUUCCUGAUUGACUCCAUCAAGGAUGAGCUUGCCCGUCGCUCUUACGAGGAUGACCUCUUUGAGCGUGACUUCGACGACGAGCUUUACGAGCGUGACUUUGAUGAGGACUACCUCUACGAGCGCGAUUUCGACGAUGAGCUUUUCGAGCGCGACUUUGAUGACGAGCUUGAGGAGCGUGACUUCGACGAAUAUGAUCUCUAUGAGCGCGACUUCGACGAUGAGCUUUACGAGCGCGACUUCGACGAUGAGCUUGAGGAACGUGAUUUCUACGAUGAUCUUGAGGAGCGUGACUUCUAUGAAGACGAUCUUUACGAGCGCGACUUCGACGAUGAGCUUGAGGAGCGUGACUUCGACGAAUACGAUCUCUACGAGCGCGACUUUGAUGACGAGCUUGAGGAACGUGAUUUCUACGAUGAUCUUGAGGAGCGUGACUUCUAUGAAGACGAUCUUUACGAGCGCGACUUCGAUGAUGAGCUCUAUGAGCGCGAUUUCGAGGAUGAUCUUUACGCUCGUGACUUCGACGAGGACUACCUCUACGAACGUGAUUUCGAUGAUGAACUCUACGAGCGCGACUUCGACGACGAGCUCUACACUCGUGACUUCGAUGAGGACUAUCUGUACGAACGCGAUUUCGAUGACGAGCUCUAUGAGCGAGACUUCGAUGAUGAGCUGUACGAGCGCGAUUUCGACGAUGAGCUCUACGCUCGUGACUUCGAUGAGGACGAUCUGUAUGCUCGCGACUUUGAUGAUGAGCUCGAUGAGCGAGACUUCGAUGAUGAACUCUAUGAGCGCGACUUUGACGACGAGCUCUACGAGCGUGACCUAGACGAGGAAGAGCUCUACCAGCGUGAUGUCCUCGAGGCUGUCCGUGGCGAACUUGAACGCCGUGCCUUCGAGGAGGAAGAGUAUGGUCUUUACACCCGUGAUGAGGAUCUUUACGAGCGUGAAGUUCUCGAGGCCGUCGAGGACGUGUUUGCCCGUGCCCUUGAGGAUGACCUCGAGGAGCGUGACUUCGACGAUGAGGACUACCUGUAUGCUCGCGACUUCGACGAUGAGCUCUAUGAGCGAGACUUCGAUGACGAACUGUUCGAACGUGAUUUCGACGAUGAGCUCUACGAACGUGACUUCGAUGACGAGCUUUUCGAGCGCGUCUUCGAUGAUGAACUCUAUGAGCGAGACUUCGACGACGAGCUCUACGAACGCGAUUUUGAAGAUGAACUCUACGAGCGCGACUUCGACGAUGAGCUCUACGAACGUGACUUCGAUGACGAACUCUACGAGCGAGACUUCGAUGAUGAGCUCUACGAGCGUGACUUCGACGAUGAGCUGUUCGAACGUGACUUCGAUGACGAGCUUUACGAGCGCGACUUCGAUGACGAACUCUAUGAGCGAGACUUCGAUGACGAGCUUUACGAGCGCGACUUCGAUGACGAGCUUUACGAGCGUGACUUCGACGACGAACUCUUCGAGCGUGACUUCGACGACGAACUCUUCGAGCGUGACUUCGACGACGAGCUGUUCGAGCGUGAUGAAGAGGAUCUGUAUGAGCGUGACUUCGAUGACGAGCUUUUUGAGCGCGAUUUCGAUGACGAGCUGUACGAGCGCGACUUUGACGAGGACUACUUGUAUGAGCGCGACUUCGAUGAUGAGCUGUUUGAGCGAGAUGAUGAGGAUCUGUACGAGCGCGAUGAAGAUGACCUCUGGGAGCGUGACUACGAGGAGGAUCUCUUCGAGCGUGAUGAGUUCGAUGAGGACCUUUUUGAGCGCGAUUUUGACGAGGACUACUUGUAUGAGCGCGAGUUUGACGAUGAGCUGUACGAGCGUGAGUUCGACGAUGAGUUGUUUGAGCGCGAGUUUGACGACGAGCUUUACGAGCGCGAUGAAGAUGAUCUCUUUGAGCGUGAGUUCGACGACGAGCUGUUUGAGCGCGAGGAGGCGCCCGAGAAGCGUGAGGAGUCCGACUUCGUCAAGCGCGAGGAGGAGGAGUUUGCCAAGCGCGAGGAGAUGGACCAGGCCAAGCGUGCUGAGGAGGAGUCUGUUGAGGUGAAGCGUGAUAUUGAGCAGGAGCAGGUGGUAGAACGUGACGAGGCCCAGAAGGAUGAUGCCGCAUAG